UGUCUUUCUUUGUCUCUGUGAUGGAUAGUGGAGUGUUUCCCAUGUGGUAUUGGUGUGCUGGAUAUCCCUUCACUGGUAGCCUGGUAACAUACACUCCCAGGUCUUUCUCUGCCUCUGUGGUGGAUAGUGGAGUGUUUCCCAUGUGGUAUUGGUGUGCUGGAUAUCCCUUCACUGGUAGCCUGGUAACAUACACUCCCAGGUCUUUCUCUGCUUCUGUGGUGGAUAGUGGAGUGUUUCCCAUGUGGUAUUGGUGUGCUGGAUAUCCCUUCACUGGUAGCCUGGUAACAUACACUCCCAGGUCUUUCUCUGCCUCUGUGGUGGAUAGUGGAGUGUUUCCCAUGUGGUAUUGGUGUGCUGGAUAUCCCUUCACUGGUAGCCUGGUAACAUACACUCCCAGGUCUUUCUCUGCCUCUGUGGUGGAUAGUGGAGUGUUUCCCAUGUGGUAUUGGUGUGCUGAAUAUCCCUUCACUGGUAGCCUGGUAACAUACACUCCCAGGUCUUUCUCUGCCUCUGUGGUGGAUAGUGGAGUGUUUCCCAUGUGGUAUUGGUGUGCUGGAUAUCCCUUCACUGGUAGCCUGGUAACAUACACUCCCAUGUCUUUCUCUGCCUCUGUGGUGGAUAGUGGAGUGUUUCCCAUGUGGUAUUGGUGUGCUGGAUAUCCCUUCACUGGUAGCCUGGUAAAAUACAGUCCCAAGUCUUUCUCUGCCUCUGUGGUGGAUAGUGGAGUGUUUCCCAUGUGGUAUUGGUGUGCUGGAUAUCCCUUCACUGGUAGCCUGGUAACAUACACUCCCAGGUCUUUCUCUGCCUCUGUGGUGGAUAGUGGAGUGUUUCCCAUGUGGUAUUGGUGUGCUGGAUAUCCCUUCACUGGUAGCCUGGUAACUUACACUCCCAGGUCUUUCUCUGCCUCUGUGGUGGAUAGUGGAGUGUUUCCCAUGUGGUAUUGGUGUGCUGGAUAUCCCUUCGCUGGUAGCCUGGUAACAUACACUCCCAGGUCUUUCUCUGCCUCUGUGGUGGAUAGUGGAGUGUUUCCCAUGUGGUAUUGGUGUGCUGGAUAUCCCUUCACUGGUAGCCUGGUAACAUACACUCCCAGGUCUUUCUCUGCCUCUGUGGUGGAUAGUGGAGUGUUUCCCAUGUGGUAUUGGUGUGCUGGAUAUCCCCUCCCAAGGUGCAGGACUUUACAUUUUUCUUCAUUGAAUUGUAGCAGCCACUUUUUGUUCCGCUCCUGCAGCUUGGUGAGGUCUGACUGUAAGAAAACCACCAUUUAGGGGUUAACCAGGUUUUCAUGGGUGAUUUUCCCGUUCAAUACGCAAAAGUCCUGUAAAAUUAUCAAUACGGAUCACAAAACAGGCCAUUAGAAUCCCAGGAACUUCUAUGAGAGGCUUUUCAAAGAGGCGAACUGAGGGGUCGACACGUCUAGGCUCAGGAGACGGUGUGAAGGAAGGCGUGGGAAGGAUGAGCCCCAGGAAGGAGAGAGUGUGCGAUCGCCAAGCGUGGGAGACUCAUCAAGCCCCAUCCAGUCCCAUAAGGAAAAGUCAAGACGUUUAACCACAAAGAAGAAAAACUCUACUAUGCAUUACUCACGCGGCUCAUCUUUACGUUUCUCUACAGAUUCGUUUUGUAUUAAUAUAUUCAUUUGAACUUUCUCUUUAUUUUAACGUAUGAUUUGGUGGUUUGCUGUUAGUCGGAGUGUGUCUCUGUCUGUCUGUCUGUCUCUCCUCUCCUCUCCUCUCCUCU